GCCCGGGCGCUGGUGGGGGGGCGCAGAGUGGGGGUGACGGCCAGCAUGCUGCUCGGCUGCGGCUCGGCCUCCCACACCCGCGGCGCCCUAGUCCUAGCCAGCAGCGGCAGCGGCGGCGGCGGCGGCGGCGAAGCAGCGAGCGGCGCCCGCGUCUGCAGCGGCGCGGAGUCCGAGCGCGCGGCGCGGCAGCGGGGUUCGCGGCCGGGGCGGGGACCGGGGACGCGGCAUGGCGCUGCGGCGGGGCGGCGGCGGGGCGCCGGGACGGCUGCUCUUGCUGCUGGGAGCCGCGUGCCUGAUCCCGCCGAGCGCGCAGGUGAGGCGGCUGGCGCGCUGCCCCGCCACUUGCAGCUGUACCAAGGAGUCCAUCAUCUGCGUGGGCUCCUCCUGGGUGCCCAAGAUCGUGCCGGGCGACAUCAGCUCCCUGAGCCUGGUAAAUGGAACGUUCUCGGAAAUCAAGGACCGAAUGUUUUCUCAUCUGCCUUCCCUGCAGCUGCUAUUGCUGAAUUCUAACUCAUUCACAGUCAUCCGGGAUGAUGCUUUUGCUGGACUGUUUCAUCUUGAAUACCUGUUCAUUGAAGGGAACAAAAUAGAAACCAUUUCAAGAAACGCCUUCCGUGGCCUUCGUGACCUGACUCACCUUUCUUUGGCCAAUAAUCACAUAAAAGCACUCCCAAGGGAUGUCUUCAGUGAUUUAGACUCUCUGAUUGAACUAGAUUUAAGGGGCAAUAAGUUUGAAUGUGACUGCAAAGCCAAGUGGUUGUAUCUGUGGUUGAAGAUGACAAAUUCCACUGUUUCUGAUGUCCUGUGUAUCGGUCCACCAGAAUAUCAGGAAAAGAAGCUGAAUGACGUGACCAGCUUUGACUACGAAUGCACAACUACAGAUUUUGUUGUUCAUCAGACUCUGCCCUACCAGUCGGUUUCAGUGGAUACGUUCAACUCCAAGAAUGAUGUGUACGUGGCCAUCGCUCAGCCCAGCAUGGAGAACUGCAUGGUGCUGGAGUGGGACCACAUCGAAAUGAAUUUCCGGAGCUAUGACAAUAUUACAGGUCAGUCCAUCGUGGGCUGUAAGGCCAUCCUCAUCGACGACCAGGUCUUUGUGGUGGUGGCCCAGCUCUUCGGCGGCUCCCACAUUUACAGAUACGACGAGAGCUGGACCAAGUUUGUCAAAUUCCAGGACAUAGAAGUCUCUCGCAUUUCCAAGCCCAACGACAUCGAGCUGUUUCAGAUCGAGGACGAGACGUUCUUUGUCAUUGCAGACAGCUCCAAAGCCGGUCUGUCGACCGUGUAUAAAUGGAACAGCAAAGGAUUCUACUCGUACCAGUCUCUGCACGAGUGGUUCAGGGACACGGACGCCGAGUUUGUUGAAAUAGACGGCAAAUCACACCUGAUCCUCUCCAGCCGCUCCCAGGUCCCCAUCAUCCUCCAGUGGAAUAAAAGCUCUAAGAAGUUUGUCCCCCACAGCGACAUCCCCAACAUGGAGGAUGUGCUGGCCGUGAAGAGCUUCCGGAUGCAGAACGCCCUCUACCUUUCCCUCACCCGCUUCAUCGGGGACUCAAGGGUCAUGAGGUGGAAUAGUAAGCAGUUUGUGGAGGUCCAGGCUCUCCCAUCCCGGGGGGCCAUGACCCUGCAGCCCUUUUCUUUUAAAGAGAAUCACUACCUGGCCCUGGGGAGUGACUAUACGUUCUCCCAGAUAUACCAGUGGGAUAAAGAGAAGCAGCUCUUCAAAAAAUUUAAGGAGAUAUAUGUGCAGGCGCCUCGUUCCUUCACAGCCGUCUCCACUGACAGGAGAGAUUUCUUUUUUGCAUCCAGUUUCAAAGGGAAGACAAAGAUUUUUGAACACAUAGUUGUUGACUUAAGUUUGUGAAGGUGUGAUUGGUGAAUUUAAAAGACGUGUAGCUUUAGCUGUCACGGGAGAGGACCAAGGGGAAAAAAGAAUCCAGGUUCACAGGUCUGAAAUUACAAAUGCACUGGGGAAGUAGUUAGAAGUUUUCAAACUUUUAGAAGUCAUAUUUUAAUCAGGGAUUGCAUUUAUUGGCUAACUGCAUGACAUGUCCAUUCUCCCACUUAAAAACACAUCUGAAAGCCUGUAAUUACUGAGAAAACGGUACAACGUUAAGUCUUACCAUCUAAGGAAACAAUGCGCCUUUUUUUCUUUUUAAUGAGGAAGGAGAAAAUCGGAUAAGAUGGGACAGCUCUUACAAUGAAAUAAAAACAAAAAAAGACCAAACACACUAUGGGCCCUUCUCAUUCCAUUUUAGCAAUCUAGUGGGUAAGAACUCUUAAAGCCAAAGUCAGCUGAAAAGAUUUGCUGAUGAUUAGUUUAAAAAUCUGAUAACACUCAGCAAUGCUAUUUUGAGCCUUCCCUGUUUCCUGAAUCCCCCCUAAUAGCAGAGCCUUGACUGUUUCAUUGGCUCAUAUAGAUGGAUGUUCAUCACGGGUGUGUUAACAAAAUAACGUUUAGCAUUGCUUCCUCUGCUACAGAAAAAAUAUUCUGCUGACACGUGUAUUGGUCCAUCACAGGCUGUGGACCCAGGAGUGAGACAAAGAAGUUUCCCCCUCUUCUUGGGGUUCAGAGAUGACCCGCAUGGUGGCCAGAGCAAUUGUGCUUGUUUGAUGCUCUCCAUGACUCAUCUGCUUCUCUGGACCCAUCCUUCGAGUUUGUGGGUAACCAGCAGACAGGCCAAAGACUGAAUGGUGCUUUUUAUUCUGUCCUUUAGAGCAAUAGAACAGGUAUUUUCAUCUAUUGAGCAUUUGGUAGAAUUUUUGAAGUAAGGCUUUGUGGAGUCAGAGAGGGCUUUUUUAUACAAGUCUUGAUGUUCUUUGAAACCUAGAGAUGAUUCUGUGAUGGAUGGAAUGUCCUAUAAAUAUCAAUUAAGUUCAUCUUUUUUAAUGUAUCAUUUAAAGCUUAUGUCUCCUUAUUUAUUUUCAUUUUGGAUGAUCUGUCCAUUGGUGAAAGUGGGGUGUGAAAGUCCCCUACUAUGAUUGUGUUGCUGUCGAUUUCCCCUUUUAUGGCUGUUAGCAUUUGCCUUAUGUAUUGAGGUGCUCCUAUGUUGGGUGCAUAAAUAUUUACAAUUGUUACAUCUUCUUGGAUCGAUCCCUUGAUCAUUAUGUAGUGUCCUUCUUUGUCUCUUCUAAUAGUCUUUAUUUUAAAGUCUAUUUUGUCUGAUAUGAGAAUUGCUACUCCAGCUUUCUUUUGGUUUCCAUUUGCAUGGAAUAUAUUUUACCAUCCCCUCACUUUCAGUCUGUAUGUGUCUCUAGGUCUGAAGUGGGCCUCUUGUAGACAGCAAGUAUAUGGGUCUUGUUUUUGUAUCUAUUCAGCCAGUCUGUGUCUUUCGGUGGGAGCAUUUAGUCCGUUUACAUUUAAGGUAAUUAUCAAUAUGUAUGUUCCUAUUCCCAUUUUCUUAAUUGUUUUGGGUUCGUUAUUGUAGGUCUUUUCCUUCUCUUGUGUUUCUUGCCUAGAGGAUGAUUCUGUGAUGGAUGCAUGUCUUUGUCCUCUGGGCAACUUAAUAUUUCAAGUAACUGAAUACCAGCCUACCUACCUGCCCAUCUGCCUACCCGCCUACUCAAGUCACAGUCCUGCUUUGUCGACUUGCUUAUAUUGCUGCUGCCACUCCAGUCCUUCUGAAGGUGCUGUGGCACCAAAUUGCAGAACCCCGGGUAUUCGUGAUGGCGAUGCCCCUUCCUCUCCCAGCACGUUUGCAGAGGAAACCCAUGCCCUUACACAGGGUGACGUGCUGGCAGGGGCUCAUCCGGUACAGGCUGGGGCUGGGGGUGGGAAGGGUCUCAGGUUGAUCCAGAGGGACCAGAUUUGGAGCCAGACAUACUGAACCCCGGUCCACACGCAGGGGACAAGAUGGCCUCUCUGGUGUGGCCCAUUUAGGAAGCUCAUGGGGUCUGGUUUUGUGGAAGUUUCCAGGUAGAUAGUCUGCCUGGUUAGCUGGUUCUCUUCAGAGAAUAUGAAAUGAGUGCUUUCAAGAGUGGUUCUCAAAGAGAAACCCAACAAGUUCUCUUGUGGCUGUGAAAGUAGCACAGUCACCUUGUAUUGUAUUGCUCUUUUUGUUUGUUUGUUUGUUUUGUUUUGUUUAUUUAUCUUUGGCUGUGUUGGGUCUUCGUUGCUGCGCACAGGCUUUCUCUAGUUGCGGCGAGCGGGGGCUACUCUUCGUUGUGGUGCACGGGCUUCUCACUGCGGUGGCUUCUCUUGUUGUGGAGCACGGGCUCUAGGUGCACGGGCUGCAGUAGUUGUAGCUCGUGGACUCUAGAGCGCAGGCUCAGUAGUUGUGGCGCACGGGCUUAGUUGCUCCAUGGCAUGUGGGAUCUUCCCGGACCAGGGCUUGAACCCGUGUCCCCUGCAUUGGCAGGCAGAUUCUUAUCCACUGCGCCACGAGGGAAGCCCUGUAUUGCUGUUUUUUAAUGAUUGUUUGCCAAGUCAUGAGUAGGUAGAUGUUUUGUCACAAAUAUGGAUGUGUUUGUUGUUUCCAGACUUUGAGCAGUGCAGAUGGAGGCAAUAAACAGCACUUAGAGAACGAUGUGGCCAUGUCACAGCAGCGCUCUUGGGAACAUUGUGGGACUGCAGGCUCAGGGCUUCCAGCCGAACUAAUUCACCCACACAUAGUAACGCUGCUGCUUGAAACUUUCCUACUAACCAUGGAGCAAACAAGAAAAAAGUGGUUUGUUUUCAUUUUUAAGCACAAAUCACUCUUUCUUCCAUGUUCUUUUGCCUUCCUGGUUUAUUUGCAUUGACUAGAAAUACCCAGAUCCUCACAUCGGAGGCUGAUCUGCCUUUCCUCUGACUGUCAAGACGGGCAAGCUAUGCUUUCUGGCGCACGGAGCCCCUCAGGCAACAAGCCUGGGUGGAAAAAUGCGCACUUGGCAAGGAGUGUAAGAGACAUUUAGAUUGUCCUAGCACUCGUGCCGGGUUGAAACGUAGAGGAGACAGCAGGAGCAUCUUUUCUCAGUGCUGCCUCCAUGCAGCAGUGACCACCUUCCCAGCCUUUACCUCUGAGGGCGGAGUUAGGGGCCGCCCUCUGCACUCAUCAUGCUGGGAACCGUGGCCUGGAAUCUGGAAAACCAGGGAGCAAAGGGGGCGGGACUGGGAGUGGGGGGACUUGCUAAGUCCAGAUGAGAUACUGGAGAGUGAAAGGAAGAGCUAAAGCAACUGGGGAUGGGGAGGGGUGUGGGGAUGAGAGGGUGGGAAACCCACUCGGCUACAAUCAGUUUUUCUUUUUUAAAAGUUGCAGACAACAUCGGAGGCUGCAAUGUACAGUCCCGGUGCUAAGGGAGGAGGUAUUUGUUCUGGCCAACUUACCGAAACAGCAGAGAUGUUCUUGACGGGAGGCUGCGGAAGCUUUGCUUCGUUAAUUUUACUGCUCCAUCCCAAGAACCCCAAGAAAGAAUUUCUGCAAGAAGCUUUCUUCCAGUAAUAAUGGAAGACAAACAAACAAAAAAACCCCAAAGAGCAGCAACAGAAACCCAAAGCAGAGAGACACGUGGGCCCAUCCCCUGUGGAGCUGGCCUUAGAGAGUCUGCCUUUGCAUCUCCAUUCCUUCCCAUUACCCACAUCUUCUCAGUUUGUUUCUUCUUUAUAAUCUCAGCGUCUAGGCUCCCAGAUCGAGUCCCUCCACAUGGCCAUGUGGCCAAGCCACACAGCCUUAAAUUGAGGACUUGUCCCCAAACUCCACGGGGUCAGGAAUACAUCUCUCACGAACACUCUAAAAACAAGCCUUAGGUGUGAGUAUCACUGUGUUCUCAGGCAAUGGAUAAUAAGACCACCCUGCAUUUUGGCAAAACUUUAUAUUUUUCGAUGUACAUUUGUGUUCAUCUCAGUUGUUCAUAAAUAGUUCUUCAGUUUUUGAAGGCAUAUUGGAGGGCAUACGUUAUUCUAAUUUCAGAGAGAAGGAAAUAGACACAGAAAACCUUAAGUCAAUCGCUCAAGGUUAUCCAGUUGUGAGUGGCAGAGCUAGAGCUUUCCCUCUGAACAGCAGGCUUUGUAUUUUCUUUCUGUGACACUGCCAUGCCCUCCCAGUAAAGACUUUUUAUCCCAAUUUUGAAUAUAGCAGCACUUUGAGAUAAACUAAAAAAUGCAACAAAAUGUGCAUAGAUAGAGGGAAAAUCGUGCUGAACAGACACCAUUCCAUCAACCGGUCCAUUUAACAAUUAAACAGUACAGAACUGCUCUUACAAGCAAGACCCUCUUAAAAGUCUGCCAGAAGUUAUAGAUAAUUUUCAGUUCUAAGGAGGGUUUUUAGCUAGCAUGAUAGUUUCUCCCCAACCCCUUCCCCAGAUAGCUAUGGGAGGGAUGUUAAAGUUGAGACACAUCUGGUUCUUGUCACAAUGUCCACAAGAUAAACAAGAAGAGUUCCAUGAGGGAAAAACUAAAACCUCCAAUGCACGAGUGAUGAUGAAUUGCUCCCGGGCCGUAAUCAGCCUUUGGGGAGCGUGCUGGAAAUGGCAGUGUUGCAGUUUUCUUCCCCAUGGAGUGAGAGGCUGUGUAUUUUUAGGCAAGAAAUCAGCGUGGGAUGCUGGAGGUUUGGCUGCCAGGAACACUCACGAUGGAAAUUUCUCCGACCUGGGUAUAAUGAAAGAGAGAUGAAGGUCUGCAGGAGGGGAGUCUAUUUGCAUGUCAUCUAAAGAAAAUGUCCUUAGGCAGCUUCCUGAUUCUUCUGCAGAGGUAUCAGGCCUUCGCUCGUGGUUUUGGAAGAGAAUUCUUUAAUUAGGCCGUAGUCAAAGAAUCUGUUAAACAGCAUUCUGGAGUGGAAUGCUAUAAUCUAGAAGUUGAUGCAGUGAGCAAGGUGGCCCAGACUUGGGGGAUAAUGGAAUGGGCAGAAAAGCGGGGCAGAUGGCUGUGGAGGAAACUCUCUUGGGAAAGUAGAAAUAAAGUGGAAGUAAAGAAAAAGUAUUAAUGGUUUCCUUUGCCUCAACCGAGCUAGUAGAGUGUGGAAAGACCAGGCAAAUUUAACAGCAUCCCAAUCGUUAAUGAAGAGAACCAAGCGUAAUGCAAUUUAAAAUAAGAAUUAUAUUGUAAAGCUACUGAGAUCUACACGGAGGCACUCCUAUCCUGACAUCAUUCCAUUGCUUGUAUCAGAAUCCGCCUUUUUUCUAGUAGGAAACUAUGCAUUCCCUAUCAAUCUCUUUGACUAUCAGGAAUGUAUAAGACCUGGGACAAACUGGCCAAUAUGCCAUUUGGUACCAUUUCUAUGUAUUUUAAAUGCAUAACUUAGGCCAAAUAAGAAUAGUUGAUAUGUAUAUGAAAGCAGAUUUUGCAAUCUACAAUACAAUGCAAGCUACCAUGGAUGAAUUUUAAGGCUGAAUAUAUAUUUAGCUCUUGUUGGUAAAUAGACUUAACGAAUGACUUGCCUCUUAAUUCAAUAUAUUCUGUAAGCCUGUGAAUAAAAAGUAAC